UUAGUUGGGCUUGCUUCUUGGCCCGCCUGUCACGCAAAGAACAUCGUCCCAGGUUCUUAUCCAAUGUUUUCUGUACAUAACAAACCUUUCAUUGGAGUUGGAUAUCUUGCACUGUGUGAUAAUUACAUAAGGAAGCGUGUACUUAUGCGUUAUGAAACACCAAGGUCAGCAGAGAUAGAGCUGAAUGCCGAGUGA